AUGGCGAGAUUGGUGGAUAUUGGCAAUGUUCUAAAAGGCGUUAAUCGGGCGGUGACCCACCGCCAAGCGCCUAGGUCGCCAGGUAGCAAUGACUAUGUCAACAACUACUUGCAGCCAUUUUUAGCAGACGCGCAGCAAUAUACCCAUGACGAGUUUGUGGGACUUUUAAUUUUAACCAUAGAGCAACAACUUAUGAGACUCCAUCAACUGGGAGCAAGAAAGAUGGUAUUCCACGGGCUUGGUCCCUUGGGCUGCAUCCCUUCCCAAAGGGUGAAAUCAAGGAAUGGGCAGUGCCUGAAGCAAGUGAACCAAUGGAUUCUGCAGUUCAAUUCCAAAGUCCAGAAUCUGAUGGCAUCCUUGAAUCGACACCUUCCCGAUGCACAACUAACAUUUGCAGACACUUACCAAUCAGUUCUGGAUUUGAUAAACAACCCUACCACCUACGGUAAGCUGGCAUAUAUAUAUAUAUAUAUAUAUAUAUAUAUAUAUAUCACGAAGGUCUUGGAUUCUCUCCAGUCCCUGAAAGAGACCGGACCCUCAGGUUUAAGACUUUCGUUGGCCUUUUUUGGGCUUCACCUCAUCAAAUAG